AAAUGGCGCGAUUGAAUUUUGAAAAAAAAAUGCCAAUGGCAACAAAACAACUUCAACAUGUCUCUCCUUCUCCAGCGUUACGAAAACUUUGUGAGGCGAACGAUGAAAACGAACCAACUGAACAGAUCAAGCAAGAAGUUAUUCAAGAGUUGGUAGAGACUUGGGAAUUCGGUAGAGCAGUAAAUGUCAACUAUACUUUGGACAAAGCUGCUGUAGCUGGUGCUGCUGUAAACGAAAAAGCAGUCGUAGAAUAUCUUCAAGCAAGAGCACAAGCUUUAUGUGACAUGGGGUUGUUGGAUGAACAAGGAAUGCACGCAAUUUUACAAGGGAGAUUACAAAAAAGAGACAGUGCUUACGAGGAUAUUGAGAAUGCGGUCAAUGCUCAUUGGCCUCCUAAGAAAAGAAAUACAACAAGCAAGGAAAUGGAGCCAGUUGCAAAUGCUUUGCCACAACCAUCCAUAGGUGAUAUAACGAAUAAGAUGAAUCCUCCAAAGUCCUACAAGGAUAGACGAGCUACCAUCAUGGCAUUAGGAGAUGCCUUUUCUCAAGCUUAUGACAACAUCAUUUAUCAAGGAAAGCAAUCCAAGUUGCCAAAAUCUGUCAAGAAACAUUUGACUUCUACACAAUCGAAAACGAAAGAAACUCCUUCAGCAACUGGGCACCGUAACUUGCAAUCGACAGUUAAUGGUAACGAUGACUUGAGACAAUCUAAUUAUCUUCAUAUCAAUGACUCCAACCCAAAUGAUUUACUACAACCUCAUCAAAAUGUAUCGUGCCCAUCCUCUCGGACACCAAGAGAAAACAGACAACCUCAACUCAAUACCAUUGAAAAUCGCCAAUGCUGUGUUUUACAGUAAAAUGCCCAAAAGCAAGAUAUAUAGGUUAUGAAGUGAUCACAAGGGAUAAUUCAAAAUGAGUAGGAUUACUAGUAAACUCUGUACUAUAUUC